GGCCGCCUUUUGCAGCGCUGCAGCCGGGACGCUCCUCUCCGCGCGGUCCAGCCAGGCGGCGGUCGGUGCUCCAGCCUCUCCAGCCGCGGGACGCGACCCUCUCCAGCCGCGCACCCUCCACCGCCCACUAAGCGCGGCCCCGCAGCUGCCCCAGUUGACCUUGGCACCAUGAUUCCCUGCAGAGCAGCGCUGUCUUUCGCCCGAUGUCUGAUCCGGAGGAAGAUCGUCGUUCUGGACAGCCUAGAAGAUUCCAAAUUAAGCCGUUGCCUGUCCACCGUGGACCUCAUCGCCCUGGGGGUUGGAAGCACUCUGGGUGCUGGGGUUUACGUCCUCGCCGGGGAGGUGGCCAAGUCCGACUCGGGCCCCAGCAUCGUGGUGUCCUUCCUCAUCGCCGCCCUGGCUUCCGUGAUGGCAGGCCUUUGCUAUGCUGAGUUCGGGGCCCGAGUGCCCAAGACGGGGUCCGCGUAUUUAUACACCUAUGUCACCGUGGGGGAGCUGUGGGCCUUCAUCACCGGCUGGAACCUCAUUUUAUCCUACGUGAUCGGUACAUCGAGUGUUGCGAGAGCCUGGAGCGGCACCUUUGAUGAACUUCUCAACAAGCAGAUUGGCCAGUUUUUCAGGACGUACUUCAAUAUAAAUUAUACCGGCCUUGCAGAGUAUCCUGACUUUUUUGCGGUGUGUCUCAUAUUACUUCUAUCAGGUCUUCUCUCGUUCGGAGUGAAAGAGUCCGCUUGGGUCAAUAAAAUCUUCACAGCGGUCAACAUCCUGGUCCUUCUCUUUGUCAUGGUGGCUGGGUUUGUGAAAGGGAACGUGGCGAACUGGAAGAUUAGCGAAGAGUUUCUCAAAAAUAUAUCAGCGAACGCCAGAGAGCCGCCUUCUGAAAACGGAACAAGUGUCUACGGGGCUGGUGGCUUCAUGCCUUACGGCUUUGCAGGCACUUUGGCCGGGGCUGCAACCUGCUUCUAUGCCUUCGUGGGAUUUGACUGCAUUGCCACCACUGGCGAAGAAGUCCGGAAUCCCCAGAAAGCUAUUCCCAUUGGAAUUGUGACUUCAUUGCUUGUUUGCUUUAUGGCCUAUUUUGGGGUCUCAGCAGCUUUAACACUCAUGAUGCCCUACUACCUCCUGGAUGAAAAGAGCCCCCUUCCCGUAGCAUUUGAGUAUGUUGGCUGGGGUCCUGCCAAGUACGUCGUCGCCGCGGGCUCCCUCUGCGCCCUGUCGGCAAGUCUCCUUGGAUGCAUUUUCCCAAUGCCGCGUGUAAUCUAUGCUAUGGCCGAGGAUGGGUUGCUUUUCAAAUGUCUAGCUCAAAUCAAUUCCAAAACGAAGACACCGAUAAUCGCUACUCUAUCGUCGGGUGCGGUGGCAGCCGUGAUGGCGUUUCUCUUUGACCUGAAGGCCCUGGUGGACAUGAUGUCCAUCGGCACGCUGCUGGCCUACUCACUGGUGGCCGCCUGCGUUCUCAUCCUCAGGUACCAGCCUGGCUUAUCGUACGAGCAGCCCAAAUACGCUCCCGAGAAAGAAGCUCUGGAACCGUGUGCCGCUGCGGAGUCAGAAAGCGCGUCCCAGGUCACCAUGCUGCAGGGACAGGGGUUCAGCCUGUCCGCCCUCUUCAGCCCCUCGGCUCUGCCCACACAGCAGUCUGGUUCUCUCGUGAGCUUCCUGGUGGUGUUCCUCGCCUGUCUCGUGUUGGGCCUGAGCGUGCUGACCACCUACGGAGUCCAGGCCAUCGCCGCGCUGGAGGCCUGGAGCCUCGCUCUCCUGGUGCUGUUCGUGCUGCUCUUCGUCGCCGUGGUCCUCGCCAUCUGGAGGCAGCCCCAGAAUCAGCACAGAGUCGCCUUCAUGGUCCCAUUCUUACCAUUCCUGCCAGCGUUCAGCAUCCUGGUGAACAUCUACCUGAUGGUCCAGCUGAGUGCGGUGGCUUGGAUCCGGUUCAGCAUUUGGAUGGCGCUCGGUUUCCUGAUUUACUUCACUUACGGCAUCAGACACAGCCUGGAGAGCAAUUCAAGGGACGAAGAAGAUGAUGAAGACUCGUAUUCAGACACCGUGAAUGCAGCAACGGGAGAGAAAUCCGCCUUCCCGGCACAUGACCACCACCAAAGAAACCUCAGUUUACCUUUCGUGCUCAGCGAGAAGACGAGCGAGUGCUAACGCUCGCUGGAGCGGAGUCCGCAGUCUUAACGUGCACAUCCCCCACUGAGUAACCCGGACAGGGCAGCAGCGCCGUGCUGGCUUGUCACGGGCUUGCUACAGACCUGGUUCCCCCUAAUUUAUACUCACCUGGACAGCACCUCCUCAGGUAAUGAAUCACGUACCUGGGGAAACCUGAGCUCUCUCCUAGUGCUGAGUAUCUCCCAAAUAAUGUGUGUGUGUGUGUGUGUGUGAAUACAAGUGUUAAAAGUUGUCUGUAUUUUGCUAUUAUUGCAUUACAUGUUUCCAGUGUUCGUCUUGAACUGGUGUCGUAUACUGCACAUGCUGAAAUGCAGGUUAUCACCACGUAGACAAGUGUUUUGUGUGUGCUUGGUAUUGCUAGGGAAGUAACUUGCUCCUCAUUAGAUUCCAUUAAUGUCCACUUAGAGCAUGCUACACAUGCAGUUACUCACCUGGGUGUCUGUCACUGGUCAGGAGUAACAGGAGGGGAUAAGAAAUGAGCCUUUUUCUAUAACUUAUAAAGCCAACAGUGGGUUUAGUACAGAAUUUUCUUCUGCAAGGUGUGGCAUUUACUAAAACUUGAGCCAGUAGGAGUGUUUGCAGUGGCCUUGCUACGCACGGAGGCGUGACCUUCUGUGUCACCAGGGGGCGCCCCUUGGAACUGCUGUCUUCUCUGAGCGCAGUGGUCCUUCGAUCUGAGGCCUUCCCCUGCUGUGAGGGACAUGCCCCCUUCCCCCACUCAGGGGCUGAGGCAGGGAGUGUGAUGUCCUCAAAACCCUUGAUGAGAGAAUGUGGUCCCCAUGCCAGCAUAAGUAGCAAUGGUGAGGAUGUGUCGGAAAGUCAGAGUUAGACACAUGCUUGGAAAAGUAGCUACCAAGCAUCCUUGUUUUGAAAGUCACUUAAAAGCAGCCAGUGGAGUCUCCACAUCGUGCAGCUGGUGGAGUGAUUCAUACUUUUUCCAUUACUUACUAACCAAUCACAGUUCAGGGUCUUUAACCUUGUCAGACAAAGAAUUCACUCUUCUAUCUCCAUUCUCAUUUUGUCUUGUCCAAGAUACGAAGGGUUACAGUUGCAAAUUCUACCUUUACAAUGUGCAAAAGCAGAAUAAAUGAAGGGAUAUCAGAAGGGAAAAUUUCCUUGUUCUAAUUUUCAAGUGCCUAUUCAGAUAUUAAAGGGCAUUUGGCUCAGUUCAUGGGGUUUAGAUCUACUUUGACUGUUUCUUUCACAAACAUUUAGGGAUGUUUUUCAUCCCUCAUUCCAUAAUAGUUUAGCACUUAUAAUCUCAUUUAUUUUUAAAUGGCCACACUAAAGCUAUUCAUAUGAGCUCCAAUAUAAUAACCCAACAGUGGCUGGGGAAUAAAAUACUGUGGUUAAAUACAUGAUUAUAUAAAACUCUAAGCUAAAGAAUUAACCAAAUGAAAGCUGUAGAAACACAGUAACCUUUAUACAACUAAAUAAUUUGUAGAUGUAGGAUUCUACUAAUUACUGUGUGUUAACUUGGUAGGGUUCCCUAAGAGUGGACUAUUUAUCUGCAGUGUGGUUUGCUUCUCAAGAAUUAUCUAUUUGUUACAAACCCUUAAAUGGUCCACUAGAUGAAGCUGGAGGCUCAGCACUUAGGUGUGCACGGGUUACAUUCCCAGGACAAGUUUUGCCAAGCACACCGGUUGACCAGCUGAAUCCCAGAACAAGGAAAACAUUUGUCAGCUCUUCCAAGAGAUCUGUUAUUUCAUUGCUGCAUUAAGAAGCAAGUUGCAACUGAAUGGUCUAACCGCGAGUUUAUAGUGACUCAACAUCAAACAGACAGGUAGAAAGCCUGGCUCCCUGGCUGCUAGAGCCUUAGCAGAACUGACAUUCCACAGGCUCUGGGGUGGGGUGGGGGGGACAUGGUAACGUUGGAGGCCCAGCACUCUCGCCCAAGCUGCUUGUCUCCCCGGAGACGAAGAGUUAAGCAGGCAGGGAGUGGAGGACAUGAGUAAGGGCUGCAAUGCUCAGGCGUGCUCCUGAGCCCUGGCUGUCAGAGCUGGGCCCCAUGGCCUGCGUUUAUUCCAUUGUCAGUCUAGAAUAGGCCCUUCACUGGGAAACAAGGGGAAUUUCGUACACGCAUACUUAACUCUCUUAUCGUAACAAAAUCAAGAAGCUCGUUUAGAAUGUGACAGGCAGCUAAAAUUCCUAUGCCCACUGUGUUCAGUUAGGAGCAGAGUUUAGUUGAAAAGGUAUUUUUUCCACGUUGAAACACUUUGCAAACACAGAUCUAUGAAAAGACACUUUGUCAGUGACCGCUUUUUCUCUGUGAAGACUCAAAUGUCCGUCUAUGUGAGUGUGUAUAUAUUAUAUAUACGUGUAUGUCGGUGUAUUUCAACUGUCAGUGUAAAAGUCGGUUGGGUGUAAGAGGAGCUUUGGAAAUAAUACCAUUGUGUGGAUUAAAAAAAAAACAACCCAGCUGAUGUAGAAAUAAUACAGUGUUUUGUAUUGAAAGGUACGCUUAUAUAAAAUUUUUAGGUUUUAACGUAUUUUGAAAUACAUAGUAAUUUUAUAUAUAUGAUAUUUUCUAUAGAUAGAUUCUUCAAGAAAGCUGUAUUUAUAAUGUUUCUAAUAUGAAAUCACUAAACUCUAGUACAUUGUAACAGGUGCUUUCUGGUCUGAAGAGGGGGUGGGGACAUUCGGGGUCCUGUUGACUUGUCUCUGUGCCACGUGCUCAGCAUCUCUGUCUCAGCCUCUCCGGAAAAAGCCGGUA